AUGAACAGCUGUCAGCUUUAUGCCAAGUGUACAGAGUCUGUACAACACGUUUCCUCACAUCGCUGCAAUUCCUACUACUCGAGGCGAAUCAACGAGUCGUCCUCAGCCGAUGAACAUCCGCAACAACAGACAACUCCUUCUUUUGAAAAUGAAGAACAGGAUCAGUUCAGACUGAGCAUCGACACUGGAAAGCUGUACGACGAGCAUAUUCGCCUGUCGCUCGGCCAGCGAGCCGCACUCUCCAUCGGCUCGGCCUUUAUGGCGCUGGCAGACCCGUACAGAGAUGACAUGGUAGCCACCUUCGGCGAGACCACCGGCCACCUGGCGCUGCAAAAGAUGCACCGAAAGAUGGCCGCCCACCCUGAGGGCAGCCAGGUGCUCCUGGAGCGGCCGCGCAUCAGCUCGGAGACGAUUGACAUUGAGGCGCUGGGACGGCUGCCGGAGAACACCUUUGGAUACGCCUACUACCGCUUCCUCAGCGACAAUGGCGUCAGUCCUGACACGCGAAAGACGGUGCGCUUCGUGGACGACGCCGAGCUGGCGUAUGUGAUGCAGCGCUACCGCGAGGUGCACGACCUGGUGCACACCCUCCUCGGCAUGCCCACCAACAUGCUCGGCGAGGUGCUCGUCAAGUGGGUGGAGGCGGUGCAGACCGACCUGCCGAUGUGCUGGCUGGGCGGGCUCUUCGGCCCGGUCCGCUUGAAGACAAAACGAGCGCGGGAGUUCUACGUGAGGGAAGGCUUGCGCUGGGCGCUGCGCACCGGCCACGAGGCUGAGGAUCUGCUGUGCGUCUACUACGAGCGACACUUUGAAGAGGACAUAGAUGAGCUGAGGGCGCGACUGCGGGUGCCGCCGCUGCCGAACGGCAUGCCCUAG